AUGCCAUCAUCAGAUACAACAAUUUAUGACGUGUUUCAGAUAUCGGAGCGUGACGGGGAUAUGCAAGCAGCAGUAGAGCUGUACUUGAAAGCGAAUCUAGGAUCACAUGCAGCAAGAGUACUCCUCUCUUCGCAACAACUUCUUCAAAAUGAAGAUCUCGUCCAAAAAGUUGCCGUCACUUUAGUUCGUUCGGAACUUUUUGAAAAGGCAGGAGAGUUGUUUGAAAAGACGAAAGAUUUCGAUCGUGCGCUCGAAUGCUUUUGUAAAGGAAAAUGCUUUGCUAAAGCCAUUCAAUUGGCUCGUACCAGCUUUCCAGAACGAGUGGUUCCACUUGAAGAACAAUGGGGUGACAGUUUGGUUAAAGAAGGCAAUUACGAAGCAGCUAUUAAUCAUUUCUUAGAGAGUGGUUUGAGCGCAAAAGCAUUGGAAGCAUCGAUACAAGCGAAACAGUGGAGCAAGGCAGCCCAAAUAGCAGAUGUUCUUGAGGAUAGCUCACUGGCGAAACAAUACUACGGUCGUAUUGCUGAACACCAUGCUGCCAUCGGUGAUUUUGAGCGUGCUGAAAUGCUUUAUAUAGAGGCUGAUAUGCAGAACGAAGCGAUUGGAAUGUACAAUAAAGCGAAUCGCUGGGCAGAUUCGUAUCGAUUCAGUCAAGAUCUGAAUUUGUUUCAUCUUAUGCCUCAGCAGCAGAUAAGUAUUGCAAGCAGUCUGACUCAGUCGUAUCGCGGUGUUCUCUAUGAUUGGUCAAAUCGCACCAAAGAAAAUAUAAAGGGAAAAUUUCAGUUGGCUGUGGAAUUUCUUGGAGAUGAAGGUACGCAAAAGAUGUAUGGACGAUUGGCACAAGAAAUGGAAGAAGCAGGACGAUUUGCUGAAGCUGAACAGUUGUAUAUCUCGAUCGGACAACCGAAUAAGGCAAUAGCGAUGUAUAAAAAGGCGGAUCGUAUUGAGGAUAUGAUGAAUUUAGUUGAGAAAUAUCAUCCCGAUCAUGUUCAGGAUACACACAAACAUAUCGCCGGUGGUUUGGAAGAGAAAGGUGAUUAUAAAUUAGCUGAAGAGGAAUAUCUAAAAGCUGGUGACUGGAAGAGUGCUGUGAACAUGUAUCGUUCUGUCGAGCAGUGGAGCGAUGCAUAUCGAAUUGCUAAACAGGAAGGUGGUGACAGUGCACAAAAACAGGUGGCUUAUUUAUGGGCGAAAAGUUUGGGCGGCGAUUCAGCUGUUAAGCUGCUGCAAAAAUACAAUCUGCUUGAUGAAUCAAUUGAUUUCGCAUGUGAAAAUGGGGCAUUCGAUUUCGCAUUUGAACUGUGCCGAUUGGGUGCGAAGAACCGUUUAGCUUUCGUACACUUGAAAUUAGCCCAACAACUCGAAGAAGAAGGGCAAUUCGAAACGGCGGAGAAGCAUUACAUUGAGGGCGGUAAACCAAAGGAAGCUGUUCUCAUGUAUAUUAAUGAGCUAGACUGGGACAAUGCCGAACGUCUUGCUCGAGAACACUGCGAGGAAGCACUCUCAGAUGUAUUUGUUGGUCAAGCACGUACUGCAAUUGAACAAAAGGACUUUAGUCGCGCUGAAAGCUAUUUAUUGCGUGCAAAUCGUGCAGACAUUAUUCUUCGUUACUACAAAGAUUCUGCAAUGUGGCCUGAUGCUCUUCGUAUUGCUAAAGAUUAUAUACCGAACGUAUUACCUCAAAUCCAGGAGGAAUAUGAAGAAGCACAAUUGAAAUCAGGUGCAAAAGGUGCACUGUCGUUUGUUGCACAAGGUCGUGACUGGGAAACACAAGGCGAAUAUUCAAGGGCGAUUCAGUGCUAUAUGAAAGUGCAAGAGCCUGAAACAAGUGACGUGAAUAUGAUCACCAAUGCGCUUAAAAGGGCUGGUGACUUGGCAACUAAAUUUCUAUCAGAAGACGAAAAUUCAGAGCUGAUCGACGAAAUAUGCGAACGAUUGAUUGCAUACAACAAGUUCAAUGAAGCUGCUGACUUGUUUCUGGCUGUGAAUCGAGCGGACAGUGCUAUAAAAGCGUUUGUGCUUGCCGGACAAUGGGCCAAAGCGAAAAAAGUUGCGACCGAGUUACUGCCGGAAAUGGCAGAUUUUGUGGAUGGGAAAUAUAAGGAAUCAUUGAAAAAUGAAGGUCGAGUUGGAGAGUUGAUUGAUGUGGAUGUGGUGAGUGCAAUCGAUCUGCUCAUCGAGAGAGGAUUCUGGGAGAAGGCUCUCGAAACCGCGAAACAACAGAAUUAUCAACCUCUAAUGGACAAAUAUGUGGCAUUAUAUGUAUCCAACCUAAUAUCGGAUCAACGAUUUGCUGACGCAAUCGAAGCGUUCGAGAAGUACGGCACAUCGAGUAAUCCGCAUAAUUUCAACAUUUAUCAAAAACUGAUCUCACAAGUUGUGAAUUCGCGAUUGGAGAUAAAUCCAGAAAGUUAUGAAAUUUGGUCACACCUUCGUAAUAUGCUUUUGUUGAUAUGCGAAAGUCUCGACGCUGACCCUUCAGCAGACGAUCAACCAAAAAAUGUAAAUUCUUCAUUUUACACUCACCAAUCACAUGUGCAUAUGUUCAUUCGUUGA